GGAGCAUACCGUUUUUUGUUACAUGUUGCAACUUUGCAAUGUCUUCGUGGCUCUGUUCCCAGAAGGCUGGAAGCAGGGAGCGAUUGUUUCUGCGGAUUUUGGUCCUGGUGUUCGCUGCCUUCAGGCACGAAGCUGUUUUUCGCAUGCCUUGGGUAUAGUUUGUUCGCAUCGUGGCCUUGGAGUCCUUGGAGUGAGCAGCUACAAAAGGGUUUACAAAACAUUGCAAAACCUGUCAGGCCAAAGGACAGCCAAUUUGGGUUUCAUCCAUGACCAAACCAAGGAUGGCGAAGAACUGCACUUGCUGGUUCAACCACUGGAUCAGCGCACUGGUCGCUGUGCCAAGCAGAAGUUAUAUAUCCCCGUGCAUCCCUUUGCUCAAAAAAGUGUGGAAAAGGGUACUCAAGAUCAGCCCACAUUCAGCUCGUCCUAAGCGAUGCUCGAAGCUUUUAGGCGGGCAGAACAACAGCAACAGCAUCAGUUUCCACAGCCGACGGUGCUUUUUCCAUGUUCCCCAACAUGUCAUUGCUCCGCCACUGGUUCAGCUGGCCAAAGUUGUCUUGAAUAGAAUGUGGAAAGCUUUACUGAUAAGUUGUUAAAGAUGUUUGGAGAAGGUUUGUGCAACGAUUGGCCUAACGAGCACAAGUUACUACAUGCCUUGGCCCCAUGAGCUUGGACAGGUGGCAAGAGUCAUUUGCUGUGGUUUCCGGCGGAACGGACAUUCCAGGAGAACCCGUCACAGUUGACCGGAUAUUGAUGAAGGUCUUGACGAUAGAAGGCAUGCAGCUCAAGACCGUGGUUUCAGAAGUGUCUUUGCCAGGAUUGGAAGGCCGUCUUGGCAUUUUACGGGGGCACGCACCACUUAUAGCUCCACUUGCGUGUGGGCUUCUCCGUUAUAAGCGGCAAGGAAAAUGGGUGCCAAUUGUUCUUCGAGGUGGCAUAAUGGAAGUCAGAGAAGACGUCGUUACUGUGCUUACCAAUGACGCAGAACGGGGUGCAGAGAUACCAACUCCUGAGGAGGCAAGGCGUGCGCUUGAAAGAUGCACGGAGACGCUGAGCUGCGCCUCCGGGACUGAACACCCAGACUGUUAUUGCUAAACGGGGCACCAAACGUAGUCACGAAGUUUUGGUUUCUCACGGAGGGAGGUCCGGCCAGGUGAAAUUAU